AUGCAGCAGCAGCUGAAGAAGAAGAAGAAGAAUCUCACGCGUCAUAUGUCGACUUCACGAGCUGUUCAGAAGCAUAUCGACGAGUCGGAACUGCAACAGACCUAUGUCUAUACUCAAAGUAGUGGUCUCAAUGAUGACGCGUUGCUAAGGAAUCUGCGAGAAGAGACGGCACGGAAGUGGCUCAAGGCGGAGCAGCUCAUUGACGAGCUGCAGGGAAAAUUUCUCUCCUUCCUCGUCCAAAGUACGAGGGCUCAACGGGCACUGGAGAUCGGCUGCUUUACUGGCUACUCGGCGCUGUGCCUCGCUAGUGGCUUGGCUGCCGACGGGGAGCUUAUCACAUGUGACGUUGACGCUGACUGCGUGAAUUUUGCACAGCGCUUUUUCAACGAGAGCUCCCAUGCAGCUCAGAUCACGGCCGUGAAUCAAGAUGGACUCGAGUUCUUGCACUCGAUUCGUCCAUCAACGUGUCCAGAUCAGCAGCCGUUUGACUUGAUCUUUGUCGACGCCAGUAAGCGCAAGUACCGAGCGUACUACGACUUCAUCCUCCAGCACAACCUGCUGCAUCCUUCGGGUUUGUUAGUCUUUGACAACACGCUGUUUCGUGGUCGCGUCGCGGCGUGCGCGAGUGGGGAAGCGAGCAGCAAGGAGCGUAUUGCUCGCAGUCUCAUGGAGUUCAACAGCUACGUGCUUCAAGAUGCACGGACGACACAGGUCGUUAUGCCGCUAUGGGACGGUCUCACUUUGAUCCGCCUCAGCAGUAAAGAACAAGAGGAGGCGAAGAUGUAG